AACCUGUUCCCGUGGGGAGCUGGGUAUGGAGGUUUGGGCUCUGAGCGGCAUGGCCAAUGCUGGCACUUCCGCAGCACCCCCGGUGUUCCCAGCCACUCGGGGACUCAAGCGGGAACGGCUGGGCCCACCCCUGUGUGCAGUUCCUCCUUCAGCCACCGAGUUUUGGGGCGAGUUUGAUGUGUCUUUCUGAGCUCAGUUUUCUCAGCCACAAGCCUGGGGUGGCUUUACCCUUUCAGGCUGCUUUAGGCCUAGUUGUGAGUGUUCUGAGAUCCCCAGACUGCUUUUAACACCACAGUAAAUUUCUUCCCUUUAUUAAAACAAAAACUCCAAGCAUACCAUGGAAUGUAAAAAUGGGAGAUAAUAGUUUUUAUCUAACCACAACUCACAACUUUGUGCAUUGCAUAGAAAAGUCUUUCAACAGGACAUAAGGAUGAAGCGGUUCAUGGCCAUGUUAAACAGGAAUAAAAACAAGGAUCCCCCACCUGCCAAGCUGCUGGAUCUAGCAGGACAGCUUUGCCAGGAUCUCCAGAGCUCAUUUCCUAGUCUGGAGAAGCUGGUUGGGGCCAUGAUGGGAUGCAAGCACAAGAUGUAUUUUCUCACUAACAUCCAUGUUGUCCAAGCUUGCGUGUUUGUUCAUAUCCAGAAAGGGCAGCAUGACACAGCCUGCAGACUGCUGGAGUAUAGCAAGGCAGAACAGAAGGAGAAGCUGGUGCAACUUUGGCAUGAGAUUCACUACCGGAGGGUAAUGGAGCAACAUCACACAGAUUUUCUGACACCGCUGCAGAAGUUCCGUUGCAGGAAGAGGAAUCCUCCACCUAUUUCCCUUUGUCCUGAAGGUUUGAAGAAUCGAAACCAUUCAGAUGAAGUGCGCCAGCAACUGCACAGGUUUGCUGCAGAGGUGACAACAAAUCCAAACAAGAAACAGCGGGAGGGACUGGCUCGGGACAUGAACCUGCAGCCAACUCAGGUCUACAACUGGUUUGCAAAUUACCGACGGCGUCAAAAAUCCGGCCUCCCUCGUAUGGAAAAGCAAAAAAACUCAUGUCCUGAGAGGGCUCUGGCUUAUCCCACAGUGCAGCAGCAGGACAGAGGAUUCUAUGCUCCACAGACUGCAGAUGGAUCUUAUGUAGGCAUCGGCUCUGAGCAAAUGGAGAGAACUCUCAUGACCUGUGACCCAGGGUGGGACCAGUCAGCUGCAGAUCUGGAUAAGCCUCCUGAGGGAACAUAUUUAAAGAUGCUGGAAUCCAGCUUUAUGCCGAGCAGUGAGCUGUAUGAAGCGAGGACAAACAAGGCUUUCUUGACCACCCACAGCACUGAACAAACUGUAUCAUUUUGCCCUGAGGCUAUGCUGGAACCAGGAACCUGCUUUAACCCUGCUGUCCUGCAAGCCAGAGAAGCAGCAAGCAGUGCUGAUACCAACCCCCAGCUGGGUAACUUUGUCCUGUGCCCCUGUGGAUCCCUUACCUUCCCAGAUGAACGGCUGGCCAUGUGGCAGGCCCCUUGCAGCACCGGAGGAGUCUCUGGCUCUAUGUGGACCCCAAGUAUAGAAGGUAUCAGAGCUCCCUUGAGCAGAGUCCCUCAAGGUGGCUGUAUUGAGGCCAGUUCAGGAAGAAUCAUUCAGCAGUCAGAUUUAGAGGUUGAAAGCUUCAUCCUUAGAGAAGGACAGCUAGGGACCCUGGAGUCUGUUCUUCCCCACAGUUACUGUCACUCUGUGUUUGGCAAGCCUCAGUGUCCACCUGUUUCUGCACCCUGCAUGGAAGAAAGCCAAGCCUUGGGACAAAGCCAGGUCCUGGAGGAUCCGGUUGGCAACCCGUUAACCAACGACACGUUCUGGGCAGCAUGGCUGCUCUUUGAAUUCUCAGCCAGUGGACGAAUGUGACCCGCCUGCAGAGAUGUUCAAUGUGGUCUGCACUUCCCUAGGAAACACCCCAUCCUUUCCCCAUACUUUUUUUGGCAUGAAUGAGGGGCUUGGCAUGGAGAUGAACAGAGAGUGAGGUAGAAAGAUAAUGAAGGUCUGUUGUAAUGGUUGCAAAGUUUGGUUUUGUUACAGUUUGGUUAAGAGUUUUGCAAAGGAUAGAAGGCAUGAAAGGUGCAUUGUGGACUGCAGGUUUUGACUAGAGCAGGCUGAAGCUGCACUGCAGAUGCUAAAAAUAUCAAGUCGCUGGUUCUGUGGCGGUUAAGUAUUUCUACCCAUAGCACUGGUCAGAUCAGAGUUGUUCAUUACAUGAUGAAGGUAAAUGAAGCUCCUGUACUCAGAAAGAGUAAAACUGAGUUUUAUUGCCUGGCAGUGGGUAUUGGGUAACUUUUUCUCAGGCCUGGAAGGUAAAGUAUCAGCUUAGUGCUGGUAAAAUACUGCUAUUUCUCAUCCCUGCAUCUCGGUGGUACUGCUGGGUGUAACUGCUGGAGUGUACAGUACUCCAGAGUAUCACAGGUGACACAAACUGGCAGAAUUAUCAGUGCUGAAGUCAAUGUUCUUGCAGUAGGGGGAGGGCCUACCAGCGUUGUCAGUGUUUAAUGCAACCUGUAUCUCAGAUUGCCCAGGAAAGAAGGAUGA